CCCAAGGGACAGGCUCCCCGCGUUCCUCGCCCAGCCACACUAUCAGUCGACCAAUUCCAAUGCCCAUCAGGUCUGCCUCUGCCUGCUCCACCCCAACCCACGCACCUCAGGACUCUCUGACUGGGGUGGGAGGAGAUGUGCAGGAAGCCUUUGCUCAAAGUGCAAGACGAAACUUAAGAAAUGAUUUGCUGGUGGCAGCAGAUUCGAUCACCAACACCAUGUCCUCUUUGGUGAAAGAACUAAAUUCUGAAGUGGGCAGUGAGACAGAAAGUAAUGUGGAUUCUGAAUUUGGGCGGACUCAUUUUGAUGACCUUGUUCCAUCCCCAACAUCUGAGAAGGCUUUCCUCGCGCAGAUCCAUGCCCGGAAGCCCGGGUACAUCCACAGCGCUGCUGCCACUGGCUCCAUCCGCAGUGACAUGGUUACAGAAGAUGGAGACCCCUACGUCAGAGCAGAUGAUGAAAAUUAUGAGAAUGACUCUGUCCGCCAGCUGGAGAAUGAACUGAAAAUGGAGGAGUACCUGAAGCAGAAGCUGCAGGAUGAGGCAUACCAGGUCAGUUUGCAAAGUUGAGUGCAAUAUCCUUCUCUCUCUCCUCUCAAGCAAGCUGCAGUCAGACAGACAACGAAAGCUACGUAAGAACUGACGAUGAGGAGAGCUGCUUUCGGACAGACGAUGAAGAAAACUCAGCUGCAAACUUCACAGAAGAAUGGAACCAAGAGGUGCAGCAUCUCUUGACAAAAAAAUCACAUAACUAAGUUCUGAGGACUGUAGCACAGUACUUUUGUUCUAAGAGUUGUAGUUUGUAGAUGUGUGUUUUUGACAACAAGACUUUUGUUUAAAGCUAACUUAUAUUAGCCACAUCUUCUGUAACAUGGCUCAUUACCGGUGAAGAAAACAGACUGACAUACGUACUGCUGUUACAAAGGAUGGCGGUAUUAAUAACUCACAGAAACCCUUUGCACAUGAUAUUGAACCUGUUCAGUUUACAAUGACAAUACUGUUUAUAGAUAGAAAUUUGAUUUCUGAAUACUUUGAGAUUUGAGUAGAUUGGUUUACUAUACACUGUACAUUUUUUCCACAGAAGAAAUAAAAAGCUACAAUUAUGCAUUUAACACUGAAUGAUUAUACUCCUGAGUGUAUAUAUCUAGUAGCCCAAAAAAAACAAAGUACCGAACUAUAUUUGCAAUUUGUUUGCAAGUCUUUAAAUUAAGGCUUGUACAAAAUGUACUAAAAUAAUAAUAGUAAUAAUAAUAAUAUAAUUAAUAAUAAUUUAAAACUUCUCUAAUUUAGGGCUAAUGUGUAACUUAGGAAUGUUUCUUUCAAAAUAAUCUAACAAAUCAGCCAUAGAAGUUAGUGUAAAUAUUUUUUUUCCAAAUAGAUAUCAUAUACAAAAGGUGACAUUCAAAUGAUAUAGAAUCUAGUUUUUAAAUCAGCACAGAUCUUCUUAAAACUGUGAACUAUGUUUUGAAAUACUCGUUGCUAAAGCUGUUUAUAAACCACAGGUGCCAUAAGAUCCCUGAACUGACUGAUGUUACGUAUAAUCCUCCAUGGUAUUGUUUCAUUGAUGUUUAGCUUUAGUAAGCAUGUGUUCAACAAACCGGCUCUUUCCAUCUCUCUGCCCCUCCUCCU